AUGACUACCUUCACCGUCUACACUGGAGCCAAAGACGGACAUGUCAAGUCCAACAAUGCGACCAAGCCUGAGCAGCUCACUGGCGACCAGGUAUUUUUGCGAAUUACUGCCUCAGGAAUGUGUUUCACCGAUGUACACUAUAAACAUGGUGAGAACGCUUUAGGUCACGAAGGUGUUGGCGUUGUUGAGGAGACCGGCCCCGGAGUCACCUACCUCAAGAAGGGUGACCGAGUAGGCUGGGGAUACCAGACCGACAACUGUGGCCACUGUCUCGACUGUCUUCAGGGCCAGGAUAUCUUCUGCAAAGAGCGUGUUAUCUAUGGUGACGCAGACGCCGUGAACCGAGGCAGCUUUGCUUCUCACGCUCUCGUGCGAGAGGCCUUCCUCCACCCCAUUCCCGAUGAUAUGAGCGACGAGGAUGCCGCUCCUCUUCAGUGUGCCGGUGCUACAGUCUUCACUACUCUGCACGAUGUCAACUCCAACGACACUGUCGGUAUCAUGGGCGUCGGUGGCCUUGGCCACAUUGCUAUCCAGUUUGCAGCCAAGCUUGGUUGCCGCGUUGUCGUCCUUUCCGGUUCCGAUAGGAAGAAGGACGACGCUGCCAAGCUCGGCGCUCACAGAUUCGUCGCCAUGAACGGUGACAUUGAUCAGCAGCUCGGCGACUGGAAGAUCUCGCGCCUCUUGGUGACCACUUCCGCUCAGCCUUCGUGGGACAAGAUCCUGCCUAUGCUCUCCACUCGCGCCCGCAUCUAUCCUCUUUCUGUCUCUUCCGACAACCUGGAAAUUCCUUACAUGCCCCUCAUCAUGAGCGGCAUCACCAUCCACGGCUCUCUUGUCGCUUCUCGGGCUAUCCAUCGCAAGAUGUUGGAGUUUGCUGCCCUGCACAAGAUCAAGCCUGUCAUUGAGAGGUUCGAGAUGUCGGAAGAGGGUAUUAACAAGGCAUUUGAGCGCCUUGAGGCAGGCAAGGUGCAAUACAGAGUUGUUCUACUGCCCACUCAGUAA